AUGGUGUUGGCCCUUUGGAAGCCACCCACAAGUCAGGAACGAGAACGCGGGGGUGAAUUGACCGCCAGAAGUGGACGUGGCCUCUAUAACCUCGCUGUUGUGAGUAGUCGCCAAAUCGGAUUUGACGUCCUUUCGGACAGGGAUACAACGUCAGACAUCCACACCGCCCGGAUGGUGACAGAACCUGCUAGGAUUGUCAAACGUCAGGCCUAUUUUGACGUCGUGUCGACUAAGCCUACCAGAUGUCGCUCGAUAUCCUCCAACCCACUCACCCACCUUCCCUCCCUGCCUCCUCGUCUUGGCACUUUUGUCGGGACUUUGAUGUUCGAUCCUGUGGCCUCCUCCACCCCUCACCCACUUCGACCCUUUUAUUCCGAACUCCACAUCUUCCACUCCGUUUGGGACUUAAAUCUUCAAUCCGUGGUCUCAACCUUCUCCAGCUCUCUUCAAUGUCACUGGUCUGCACUUUCUCUUAAGAGAUGA